AUGAAUUGGGCUCAAAUUUUGGAGAUCUUCUAUGAGAAGUACUUCAUGCAGAGCAUCCGAGACAAGCAGGUGUCAGAGUUUGAAAACUUGAAGCAAUGGAGCAAAACCGUAGCGGAGUAUGAGGCACGGUUUACUAAGCUAGCUUGUUUCGCACCGCAUAUGGUCGAUAUGGACUACAAAAAGGCAAGGAAAUUUGAGAGAGGUCUCCGAGACUCCAUUCUUGAGAAGAUUAAUGUGUUGAAGGUGCAGAAAUAUGUGGAUGUAUUGGAUAGGGCUGUCAUAGUGGAAGGUAAUCAGGCUAACCGCAACAAGUACUCGGAUUGGAAGGGCAAAAAGCAGGGGUCUAAUAUGCACAAAGGGUCGACGUCCUCACAAAAUAAGAAGCAAAAUUUGGAAACUUUCAGCACUUCGGGUUCUACUCGUGAUUCAACACCAACUUGCUCGGAGUGUGGAAAGAAGCAUCGUGGGGUUUGCUAUUGA